CUGUUCACUCCAGUUCGCUCUGUUCGCCACUCGCGUGUUUCCGCGACAAGUGCUGGCUGCCGGAGUGCGGAACAGUCGGAUUUGACAGGCGGAGGUUUCGGCGCAUGCGCAGUGCCCGCUUGCGUUUUGUUUUGCUUCAUUUGUUGUCCUGCUUUUUUUACUUUUUCAUCGUCCAAUUCUCAUCGGCACUGUCGCCGUGUCCGAAAGAACGACGACGAACAAUCUUGGACAAUGGCUGAGGCGCGGUGCAGUAACAGCGUCAGCCGGAGUCCGCAGCGAUUAACAGACGAGAAUAAAGGAUCGAGUAGCCGUAUCGCGUCAUAGUGUAUAGAGUAUAAUUACGGAUCUGCAUCGCAGGUCGAUGUUCAUUUUAAAUAGUAAACCUUAACCCGAACCGUAGACGACGACAAUACAGCUUUUGACAUGGCAUCGGUGCGCGUGGCUGUCAGGGUUCGGCCUUUUAACAAGAGAGAAUUGGCGAUGAAUGCCAAGUUGAUUAUCCAAAUGGAUGGAAAGCGAACGAGGAUAUUUAAUACCAAGCCUCCAGGCACUGGCAGAGACAUAGAUGGAGAAAAAUACAAGGACUUUACAUUUGAUCAUUCCUACUGGUCGUAUGACAGCGAGGAUGAAAACUACGCUUCACAGGAAGAGGUUUUCUAUGAUCUGGGUACCGACGUGAUAGAAAGUGCCUUCUCAGGCUACAAUGCCUGUGUUUUCGCCUAUGGUCAAACGGGAUCUGGAAAAACAUUUACAAUGAUGGGUACUCCGGAAUCUCAAGGCCUUAUACCUCGGAUCUGUAAGACUUUGUUCGCACGAAUGGCGGCGGGGAAAGAAAGUGGUGCUUCGUACAGAACAGAGGUAUCUUUUUUGGAAAUUCAUAAUGAGAGAGUAAGAGACUUGUUGAGGCCCGAACAAUCUCAGUCGCAUUCUUUAAGGGUGCGAGAACACCCAAAACGCGGGCCUUACGUACAAGACCUGUCCAAUCAUCUGGUGUACGACUACUCUGAUAUUCAGGAGUGUAUGGUCAGAGGAAAUACACACAGAACCACAGCAAGCACAAAUAUGAACGAUGUCAGUAGUCGGAGUCAUGCAAUAUUUACUAUAACAUUUGUUCAGGCUGGUUUCUCCGGCAAUAUGCCAUCAGAAACAGUUUCAAAAGUGCAUCUGGUAGACUUGGCUGGAAGCGAGAGGGCGGAUGCUACGGGAGCAACGGGUCAGCGUCUGAAAGAAGGUGCUCACAUAAACAAAUCCUUGGUGACACUGGGCUCAGUGAUAUCGGCCUUAGCCGAAGUCAGUUCGAGCUCGUGUUCGAGUGACUCUAAUUCUAAGCGCAACAUCUUCAUUCCGUAUCGAGACAGUGUGUUAACUUGGUUACUGAAGGACUCUUUGGGCGGUAAUUCUAAGACAAUCAUGAUCGCUGCUGUCAGUCCAGCGGAUUGUAACUACGGCGAGACGCUUAGUACUCUUCGAUAUGCAAACCGAGCAAAGAAUAUCAUCAACAAACCUACAAUUAAUGAAGAUGCCAAUGUCAAACUGAUCAGGGAACUCAGGGAGGAAAUACAGAAGCUCAAAUCUCUUAUUGACAAAGAUGCGAGCGUGGAAAGACCGCCGCAAGUGUUACUUGCGCAAAUUCAUGAAAAACAAGAACAAGAAAAGGUGCUAACUGAAGAAUGGGCUGAAAAAUGGCGAGAAACUCAAUUGAUCCUGCAGGAACAACGAGCUUUGGGUCUUCGCAAAAGUGGAGUUGGCGUUGUUCUCGAUUCUGAAAUGCCACAUCUCGUCGGGAUAGACGAUGAUUUACUGAGCACUGGAGUCACUCUCUAUCACUUAAAAGAAGGAAAAACCUUGAUCGGCACCGAGGAUGCCACGACGCCUCAGGAUAUAGUCUUAUCAGGCAUUGACGUUGAACCUGAACACUGUGUGGUGGAAUUGAAUGAGGGAAUUGCGACACUUCAUCCGCUCUCAGCCCAUUGUUGGAUAAAUACAGCACAGGUUGACAAAGCAACGAGGUUAUCGCAGGGGUGCAUAAUACUUCUCGGACGAAAUAACAUGUUCCGUUAUAACGAUCCAGCAGAGGCUGCAAAGCUUAGAAAAGAAGGUGGAAUUGGAAAUGGCAAUUUACAAUCGGUAGUCAAUCUUUCCAGACUGUCUCUUCUCAGUUGGAGCGUUUCUGACCUCCACACUUCGUCCUCGAAUGACAAUCUCCUUAAUUCGAGCGAGGACCUUAGGGCUAUAGAAGAACUGGAGCAUCAGAAGGCUCUUCUUCUCAAAGAAAAGGAAGACUUCAAGCGAGAGCAAGAAGAAAGAGAAGAGAGAUGGGCAGCUCGAAGAGAAGCUUUAGAAGGAGCACAGCGAGAGCUGGAGAGAGAAUGGGGUGCGCAGUGGAGAGAAUGGGCUGAAGCUCUUGCGCAGCUUGAAGCACGACAGCAAGAUUUAAGGUCUAGGCGGAAUGCGCUGGAACAGGAACGACGAGAUGAAAUGACUCAAGUAGAAAGUGUUUGUAGGGAAGUCAGCUCUCUGCGAACGAUUCUUCAGUCUAAACAGCGCCAAUUCGACGAGUUCAUGCACACGCAAAAUCGCGUAUCAAACGAUAGACAGCAAAAAAAGACAGGUGAUGGGGUCAGCAGUGAUAUUAGUACGCCUGAAUCUUGGUCUAGUCUUAAUGAUGCCGAUUCUGCCCAUGCUGUGCGAGAGCUAGUCAAUAAUCACAGAAAAGAAUUAACCGCCUUAGAAAACGAGCUACAAGACAAAGUGAAGUCUCUGAACGAGCACAGAAGAAAGGUCGAUUCAAUUGACGUUGAGUUGUUUGAUGUGGCAGACGAGCAUCAAAAGAUUUUGAACCUGGAUCUGGAACGUGGUGAAGUCAGCGAGAAGAAACUGUUACUGGCAAAACGGACUCAAGAGCAAUUACAAGAAAUUAUGAAUAGGAAACAGAGUCUUUCGUUGGAUUUGAAACGGGUCGGUCCAUCUUCAUCUUGCAAUGAUUCAUUGAACGGUGAGGACGUGACGUCCCAGUCCGAUUUGAAGUCCUUGCAAGACGAGUGCAACCGGAAAUUGAAGAUAGCGUCAGCGGUAAACCUGCUGUACAAUUACGACCCGCCGCUUUCCGUAGAAACGACGGACACGUUUCACACAGCGGCAGCAGACUCUCCAGAGUUUCUGAAAGGCUUUAGGGAGGAUGAAGAACAAAACGAAGAAGCUGAGAAUAAGACAAAAUCCGAGUAUGUUACUGCCAAAGAAGACUGUGGUCCAGGUACAAGCACUGGGCCUGACCCAAGCCCAGAUAUUGAACACAGUGAAAAAGUUGUGCAAGAAGAUGUGAAGAAAUCAAUGAAAGAAGACGAACACUUACUCGAUGAAAAAGUUCAGGAUACUUUUGAGUGCAACGAUAAGAAAGAUAACAAUUUACUGAGUGAAAGCGCCUCGACUGAGAGUCUCACAAACCAUGAAUCUCCGCAGCAUCAAACGCUGAGGAGACUGCAGCAGAGGAUUGCUCGUCAAAAAAUGAUUAUUAUGAGAUUGUUGGAAAUUAAUGCUCCGUGCAAAGAGGAUCUUAAUCGUCAGAUCGGCGUUUUACAGGACUUACAGAAGCAGCAAAUCGAGCUGGAAGCUUUGAUGAUUGAAAGGAAGCCGUCAAAUCACGACGCAGGUAGAACUGAAAAGAGAAUCCCUGCUAUCGAUCAGGAUCCUUAUAUGCGAGUCGUCGAUUCGCAGGAUAACUUUGGUCAGAAUUCGAACCUCACAGACAAAAAUUCUUUCUCAAAUUUUAACGACUUCCAAUCACAGCAAAGUUCUGUUUCGGAAAUAUCCCAGCAGCCAACACUCAUGCGAAAUUCUCCAAGCCAGACUUACACCUCUGUGUAUCUCACGCAGAGUCGAGACCGUUCGGAUCACUUAAGCAGUCCUUACUCGUUGACGAUAACGAGGUCAUUACCAUCGCUGAUUGCCAGUGAAAACGAAAAUGAGAACGUGAUUAACAUGAUCGUGAGCGUUCCGUCAUACAUUGUCCGUGGUGCUGGUGCUUCCAGUCAUUACGAAUACGAGGUACGGGUUGCAGCUAGGGACGACAGCUGGACAUUGUUGAGACGAUACAGGCGGUUCAGGGAGCUCAACAUUAUGAUGCGCCAAAAAUAUGGUGCUAAAAUUGGAACGAUACCGUUCCCCCCACGUCAAUUUUUCAAGAAAUCUGAAGCAAUUGCUCGUCAACGGCGAAAACAACUCGAGGUCUAUCUUCGCCGCUUGAUACAGGCUUGUGCCGAAUUGCCUCUUUGCCAGCCUCUCUACAAAUACAAUACAGAUCUGAGUCAGAUAGACAAGCAGUCUCUCCUAGAAUUUAGCGUGUUUUUCCGACGAGGAACCUUCGAGAGCAGCAAAUAUGGUACCAGCUAGUAAGUUCUGCUUUAAUUGUGAAUUAUUAAUUUUCGACAGCUUAGAUUUGACAGCCUAUACAUAUAUAUCUUAAUGUCUUGCAUAGGAGAAUUCAACGGUGAUGAACGUGAAUUGCGUAGUGAAAUUUUUAAGCUCUAGUUCGACAAUUUUGUUUUUGUUAUUUGUUAAUAUUAUAUAACUAAUCAAUGGCGCCACUGUGGAUUUUACCAUAACGCAUUUGGUGAAACCUCUUUGAUUUAUUAAUAAUAUUGAAAUAGAUCGAAUAGAAUUGAUGUUUAGUUUAUGCCUCACCUCUACAUAAAAUGAAUAAAUCUAUCUAAACGAGUUGACAAUAAAAGGUACGUGUCCAGCAAAGUUAUAAUUAUUCGAAAUGGGCCAGUUUCAAAUGCCAAAAAAUGUCAAUACUUAAAUUUAUAAAUACGAGCCAGUCCCAAUUUAUAACUGUUUUUUGCACCACGCGAAUUCAAGUGCAACAAAAUUUCAUUCCCCAGGGAGAGUAAUUCUGUCUUAAUCAUGACCAUGUCUGCACUUUGUCUUGCGAGAAUAGUCUUUUGAAAUUUGUUAACCAAAGCUCUGCAUAAUUGAUUUUUAUUCGUGCUAAAAUAAUCUUUGCAAAUGUUUAAUUGAUUUCAAUACGACCUCAAUUUAUUCGUCAUCUUGUACUUAUAACUUUUCGGGUUGUGCGUGUGGUUGUUUCAUGUACCUGAAUUUAUGAUAUCAUUAUCACUGCAAACUUAUCGUUAAUUUUUUGUCUUCAGUGGAGUUAAAUUAAAAAUAAUGCCUACACGAUAGGCGGGCAAAUUCUUUUUUCUCGCCUGUUUUCAGUUUCUAAACGCGUGCAAAAGUAUGAGAACCAAAAUUACCAGUCAUUUUGGUCUGGAAAAAUCCGUUAUAAUGUGGUAAUGAUUUUUUGAUGCUUCGUUUCUCCUUUUACCUUGAAUUAGAUAAUUUUGUUGUACUUCGUGACUGGAACUCAUAUCCUAUGUCUAUGAAUUGACGAAUAUCCCCAACAGCUCUGACCAGAUUUAUCAUUAUAACAAUGAUUGUGAUUAAUUAUGAAAUAAUGAAAACGGCUCUAUAAUUGAAGCGCUAAAUAAUAAUAAUAAUAAUAAUAGUAAUGAUAAUAAUAAUAAUAAUAAUAAUAACAACAACAGUAUCGUAGCUUACUGAGGAGUGCCUCUGUGGGAUUGGGUGUUAAAUUUUUUGAAUAAUUUAUAAAGAGUGAUAUUACGUUGCAUAUUACCAAUGUCCCACUGGAGACGUUUCAUUUUACAUAUCGAACAUAGAAUUUCAAUCAAAAGUGCAUAAUUCAGCUGUUGCGCAUUGUAGCAUCAACAUUACACUUGUAAUAAUCAGCGCCGACGUAGAUAGAAACAAAAGUUAUUGUGAUUUCUUAAUAAUACACCGAAUGACGGGAAUAUAGCUUGGGAUAGAAAGCAUUCUACUCGACAAUUAAUUCCACAAAAAUGGUCAUCGUAUAAUAAUAUGAAUUGUUUUCAGUAUUAUAUAUGUAUAUAUAUUAUUUUAUUACAAAUGUUGACUUAUAAUAAUAAAAUAUGCUACACUUAAUCUUAAAUAACGAUCUACUAUACAUUUAAAGUAAACUAUCGGUGUAAAAUGCAAGGAAGACAAUAUAUACCAAUGCGGAUAUGUAAUAUAUAUAUAAAUAUAUAUAUAUAUAUAUAUAUAUAUAUAUAUAUUAGGUAUAUACUGUGACAGAAGAAAAACAUAAUAAAAAGAAGUUAUGCUUUGUAAAAGUAAGAUACAUCGGAUACCAAAUUGAUCCUCGUUUUAUUUAUUUCUUAACUCAUUAUUGAAAUUUUGUAUUAUACAUCUUACAUGUAAUUAUUCAGGCAUGCAGUAAAUAUUUUGUAUUUUAUUUCAAUAUAUUUAAGCAAAUCAGUUCCAAUUUUUUACGAAGCCAAUUAUUUUGAGACAACAAUAUGAUAGAGUAAUAAUUAGUCAAAAUCGAAAUGAGUUUUAAAUAUUUAAUUUCAAUUCAAGAGGAUGUCUCCUCGUCAAUGAACCGAUGCAGUAAUUGAGCCGGAAGUGUA